AUGAACGACCACUUUAUCAAAAACAACGGAGCUACGUCUCGUACCUCAUUGCCGAGUGUAGAUCAUGCAAGUGUCAUCCAAACGAACUUAACAAGGCAUAAGAAUGAAUUUUUCUUCGUCAACAAAAAGACUUCCAAUAAUGAAGAAACUUUGUCCAAUGAAGAAGUUACUUCCGUUACAACCAGGGACGAUAUGCCAACAAAUGAAGAAAGCUCGGAUGAAGAAGACUCAGAUGAAGACACACAAUGUCAGGAAUGCUAUUUGGAUAUUCAUAAAGCUCAACAAUUUGUUGUAUUGCACCCAUGCAAUUGCAUUCUUCACUUAAAUUGCAUAAAAGAUAAAUUUUAUGAAGAUCCCAAGUGCCCUAAAUGCAACACAGACACUAUGAAGGCUCGUCGCAUGACUAUCUUUGAGGGUCGUUUUAUCGACAUACCACUCGAGCUUGAAUACGUCAAAAUGCGUAUCAAGAAUCGCAGAAUAGAUCAUCAGAUGCAUCAGUCUUCGGCCCAAGAAGGCCAUUCUAAGAACGGUACUUACUCUCGUGUGGAACUUGUCGCCCUUCGGCGAUUAAUCUACGAAAAGACGAUGUACUGUCAUUCUGUUUGCACAGGGCUGGCCCUUGACUCCAUCGAGAUCUGCAAGCAAAUUUUCAGAAAUGAUCCGGAUGCUAAGGGUCUCAUGCGUUCUUGGAUAAGACUCGAGAUUCAAGCAUUAAAGCAGAUCACAAUAGUACCUGAUCACGGGCAUUCAUUUGAAAAUACUGUAAUAGCUACGCUCCAGAUGGAGAAUAUUACCGAGGAACAGAAGAAGAGAAAAUACUACGCGGAAAGCAUAAUUAGAAAUACUUUGGAUGAUUAUAACCGAUUUGUUCUUGCAUUCGGCACACCUGGUCUUAAACGAUCAUCAGGACCGAGUCUCGCUUAUGUGAGAUGGAAUCCUGAGAAUAUUGAGAGAUUCAAUACUGCACAGAGUAUUGGUACUGCAUCUCCCAUGACCGCAGCACAGCCUGUUACGCAUUCAGUUGAUCAGAAUGUGCCACGGGUGACUACGUCUUCUUCCGUUACGCAUUUGGAACAUGUAUCCAGAUCGGUCACUCUAUCUUCCACUUCUGCCUCUUUGAAGUCUUACCCGGUCCUCGGCAAUCAUAACACAAGACGCACCGUCAUGAAAUGUUUAGAUCUCCAAAAGAUUUCUCAAAGAACAAGACGUCGCGGUCUUUUCUCUGGGAUGAGAUCCUGGCGGGCACGAGCUAAAUUUUCUCGUUCCCAGUUGCAUUCCGUUGAACUUCAUGAAGCCGACCUCCAGGCCAUAUUGUCUGUUUUAGAGGGAUCAACUGAUACCUUAGCAGUAGCUGAUGAUGUGGAGGAUGAAAAGACUCAUGGUAUUGAGAAUGCCUCGCCUACAGAAGUUGGUCGGCGCAAAAAGCUCUCUCGUAAAUUUGCUAAAAUGACUCAAUCUGCGAGGACAUCCAUCAAGAAAUUCUCCAUCAGGAAAUUCUCCAUCAGGAAAUUCCCCGUCAAGAAAUCCUCCAUCAAGAAAUCCUCCAAGGGACUGGACUGGGAGAAAGAACAAGACAUCAGAUGA